GCGCAUGCGCAAAAGAUUAUAAACAGUGUCCGGGAUGUUUUAUGGUAAUUUUGCAUAAUACAUUUGCAAGGAAAUCCUAGUUCGGGAGCUGAAUGUGAACUCUGAUAUCCGAAACCUGCUGAAGUUUGAGAAGGACCUGAACAUCGCAGGGCUGAAUUAACGCCAAUGAAGGGGCAGCAGAAAAGCCCUGAUCCACAGGUGGAUGUGCCCAUCAUGGAGGAAGGAGCUAUUGCUACAGCUGUUGAUCCAUCUGCUCUUACAACCGUACACUCAGCUGCCACGUUUUCUGCUGAGCAGCCAGUGAAGUAUGUUUUCAAAACGGAGGGAAAUACAGGGCAGGUGACGUAUCGAGUGAUCCAUGUAGCUGACGGGCAAAUGGAGACCCGGGCAGAUGGAACUGCAGCUGUUAGCGUUGUGACUGGCUUCCCUGCAGCGACGCAGACCGGAACGCCCCCUGUAACACGGGCUGCCGUAUACUCUCAGGCUGAGGGUCUGGAGACGGAGGCUACUGAGGGUCACUACUACUAUCCGUCCACUAUCGGCGACACCGCCCCGGCCACCAUAGUAACCAAUGUCCAUGCGGCUGAUUCACUGCUUGCGCAACCUACUGCUGCAGGCCAACUCUAUGUGAUGAUGUCACCACAGGAAGUGUUGAGCACAACCACUCAGAGUAAGGCAGAGACGCCUUGCACUUCAAGAGAUGACAAGAGGAGAGCACAGCACAAUGAAGUUGAACGUAGACGCAGGGACAAAAUAAACAACUGGAUCGUCCAGCUGUCCAAAACAAUCCCUGACUGCGCUGUGGAUUCGGCCAAAACUAGCCAGAGUAAAGGUGGGAUCCUAUCGAAAGCUUGUGACUACAUUCAGGAGUUGCGCCAAAGCAAUGCUCGAUUAUCAGAAGGGCUGGGAACACUGGACAGACUGAGGCUGGACAACCAGCUCCUCAGACAAGAGAUGGAAGACUGGAAAUCUAAGAAUCAGAUGCUUCGAAGCCAGCUGAGGCAUCAUGGUAUAGUCGCUGCAUCAAGCAUGGAUCCUCAGUGAAGCCCUCCAUGCCCUCGACUGGGUCUCCUUCCACCACAAGCUUCUAAUGACUUCAGCUGAAGCAGCCUUAUACUCAGCGUUCUUUAGAGCUCUCUCUAAGGUUGUCUGGUAAAAUGUUUUUGGACUUGAUUUUGAGUCUCUAAUUUGCCUUCUGGCUGUGUUGGGUAAGGCUCUGAAUUCUAGAGAAUAUAAUUGAUUUUAGGUAAGCUUGUAAAACCUUUGUCCCUGUGCACUCAUCUGAGUAAAUGAUUGAUGGACCGAUUUAAGCACAGGUAUCUGAACUGCACUAAAAUGCAUUUCUUGAUCUUUUGUCUAAAGAAUCACUUUUGUUUUACUGGAUAAUGAUGAAUUUGGAAAUAGGAAGUGAAAGCUUUUUAUGAUCUCUGAAGCAUUUGUGCUUUGGAAUGGUUGGAGUUCCAGGAAUGAGUUGUCGGUUAGCUUGAACAGGUUCUUUAGAGGUUAAGGUAUCCAAAACUGUUUUCUAAAAGAUGUGACUUUUUUUUUUUUUUUGUACUGGAUAACAGGGUCAACUUCUCUUCUGAAAUGUGUAGAAAUCCUCCAAGAGUUAAAUUCUUCUAAAGUGUUCAUCUGUGCAUAUGUCAAGUCCUAUGGAAUAGCUUGCCAUCACUAGAACUUAAAUUGCUUUGUGUAUAUUUUGGCAGUAUAAUGUACACUGCUUAUAUAUUUAGUUGACUUGUGACAAGAAUCCAGGGAUUUGUUUCACACUCAAUUUUCAAGAACAUACAAAUGUUUAUUUGUACCAAAUUUCUUAGGUUUGUAUUCAAAUGAAAAGAAGUUGCCAGUUUUGUAUU